AUGAAAGAGGUGAAGGAGGCAAAAGAUCCUGAAUACAAGACAAUUGAGCUGGACGCUAGUGAAUGGGAGAGUGUAAAGAUUAUGAAACGAAGUGACAUUAAACCUGAAGAUAUUGUGAAGAAGGAAUUUAAAGAGGAGAGAAGGAAGCCGUUGAAGCUGCAGCAUGAAAUUUUGUCACUAGUCAUUCACAAAUUCAGCAAUAAUAAAUGUAGUCAUUUGGUGUACUGUUCGGUGUCAAAGGGCGAAAAAGGGACAGAGGCGAUGGUUGUGCGUUUAUCGAAGGAUAAAGAUGAAGAUCAGGAGACACCAGAGACAAAUGAAGGCGCUUCGACGGAGAAGGGAACCACAACAACUGCUCCAGAAGAGAAGCCCUCGUCGCCGUCACCAUCCUCAUCACAGUCGUCGAAAAGGCGUAUGUACGGCAGUUCGGAUAUGGUGAAGCAAAAUCCUCGAAAGGAUUGA